AUGACAAAGCACGAGGAUGAUGAACUGAAAUCUCUGGACCACGAUAUAGAAGUGGGACCUGAAACUUAUGAGAAUCACUACGAUGACGUGGUGAUAGGAGCCGGGAUCAUCGGGACAUGGACGGCCUACCAUUUGGCGUCGAGAGGACGAUGGGUCCUUCUGCUGGAUCAGUUCCCAAUUCCACAUAGCCGAGGGAGCUCGACAGCUCAGACAAGGGGAUUGGAACUGUCCAAUACGGAUGAGUCCUGGAUGCCUCUUCUCCUCGCUUCCUAUCCGUAUUGGAGGCGAUUGGAGCAGGAGACAGGAGAGACUCUCUUCGAGUAUCAUGAUCUCCUGAUCGUGACGGAGGCGGCGCGAGGAUGGCCGAUACCCGUAAUCGAGGAUCUCCUUAAAAAAUACUCCCCGGGAACUCCAUCCAGACGCAUGUCAGCCCGAGAAGUAACGAAGCAAUACCCGGAUCUCCGAUAUCGCAAUCUCACAGCAGGGCUCGUCGAUACCUCCGGCGCCAUCCUAUUGGCUGCCAAAAUCCUUCGUAUCCUCCGGGAGAGGAUCAAGGCGUACGGUGGAGAGAUCAUGGACCUGUGUCGAGUGGAUCGUAUCGAUCCAGGCCCGCCGGCUGCCGUUUAUUGCCAUCGGCGGGAUCCCAUUUUUGCCCGAUCCGUUGUCAUUGCUGCGGGUCCCUGGACGAGCAAAGCGUUGAAGACGGUCGGGCUGAAAGUGAACGUCCCUGCGUCCCUCGGUGCUCAUGCCUAUUUCCCUGCCAGGCAAGGUGCUUCCUUACAAGAAAUCUCUCUCAUUCACUACGACGAACGACAGAAGUUCCUGGCCUGGACCCACCCGGAGGUGGAAUACCCCAAUCUCGUCAAGGUUGGUCUGGCGCUCUGGAUACCGGUUGAUCCGGACAGAAGAGACUCACACGGGACAGGGAGAUUACGGCACGAAGCAUCAAGAUACGUAGAUGAGCAUCUCCUCUGCCUCAAUUCCACCGCUGCCAUCUACGAGGGGUGCAUCUUCUACCACAUAGAUGACAUGAAGCACAUCAUCAGCAGACACCCCCAGCACCCCAACAUCAUCAUAGGAGCAGUAGCAGGUUCGGGAUUCAAGAUCUCUCCAGUGGUGGGUCAAGCACUGGCGGAUCUGUCCAUGGGACGACGACCGAGUUUCGACAUCUCCGAAUUCUCCGUCAACAGAUUCCUUUGACCUCAUCCGAAGAAAUAGAAGGG